UGCGCGGCCAGCUCUCCAGGAUGGGGAAAGGGAAGGUGGAGUUUCCCAGAGGGACCCUGACCCGUUAGGAGCCGCGGCCAUGGCGGCGCGCUCGCCGCCCUCACCGCUCCCUUCGCCCCCAGUUCGACACCGGGGCUCGGGGUCCCCACGCGUGGGGCGCGGAGCCGAGGUGCAUGCCGUGCGCAGCGAGGCCUCGGGUGUGGGCUCCGCGCGGGGCGUCGUGGCGGAUAUAAGUGAUGUAGUGUGGCGGGGCGGAGAAGGGUCGGGGGCCCGGCGAGGGCCGGGCGGGGCGGCUCCAGCUCAGGCUCCCCUGGUCAGUGCGCCCGCGGGCUCCACGCGGUUCCGGGGCAUCUCGGUAGAGGAGGCGAAGGUGAGCCGGACGCAGCUGCUGCAGGAAGAGCUGAGCGCCCUAAAGGAGGAGCUGGCCCUGUGUCAGGCUGACAAAGAAUUUGUAUGGUCUUUGUGGAAACGUCUCCAGGUAACAAACCCAGAUCUCACCCAAGCUGUCAGUUUGGUUGUGGAAAGAGAAAAACAGAAAUCUGAAGCCAAAGACAGAAAAGUUCUAGAAAUUCUUCAAGUCAAGGAUGCUAAAAUACAAGAAUUGGAACAGAGAGAAUCAAUACUAAAACAGGAAAUAAAUGACCUUAUAAAACAGAAGAUGAAAGUGGAUGAAAAAAAUGGUUUCUUGAGGAAAGAAUUCAGUGACUUACAGAAGAAAUUUAAAGAUAAAAGUCAAGAAGUUAAGGACACGAAGGAGUGUGUACAGAGUAAAGAAGAGCAAACCACACUGCUUAUAAAAAACCUGGAGGAGGCAAAUGAGAAAUUAAGUACCCGCUGCACUGACCUGCUAAGUGACCUGGAGAAACUGAGGAAGCAGGAAGCACAAUGGAGAAAAGAAAAAUGUAGCACAGAUGCAAAAAUAAAGGCCUGUGAAGACAAUUUAAUUGAAGCAAAGAAAGAAAUUGAAGUAUCACAGAGUAAAUAUAAUGCUCUAUCAUUACAGUUGAAUAAUAAACAGACUGAGCUAAUACAGAAAGACAUGGACAUUACCCUGGUCAGGAAAGAAUUGCAGGAGCUGCAGAACCUCUACAAACAGAACAGCGCACAUACGGCACAGCAAGCAGAGCUGAUCCAACAGCUUCAACUUCUCAAUAUGGACACACAGAAAGUACUGAAGAACCAGGAGGAUGUCCACACAGCUGAAAGCAUAUCAUAUCAAAAACUUUAUAAUGAAUUAUAUAUUUGUUUUGAAACCACAAAAUCAAGUGAAGCUAUGCUCCGGCAAAGUGUUAUUAAUCUUCAGGAUCAGCUAUUUCAAAAAGAACAAGAAAAUACAAAAUUAAAAGAAAAACUUCAGCAAUCACAAGGCACAACCUAUCCUUUACUUCAAGAAAGUGAUUUAAAUCCCUCAGCACAGGAGUCUCAACAACCAUCCUUAUCAAACUUGGAAACAUUAAUGGUCUCACAGAAAUCUGAAAUUGAGUAUUUACAGGAGAAGCUGAAAAUUGCAAACAAAAAGCUAUCAGAGAAUAAUAGAUCUUCCACCAAGAGUUUCUCAGAGAAGAGCAUCAUGUCGAGUGUUGAAGGAAAAUACAAGGAACCACCUGUGAAACGUUCAAGGUCUUUGUCCCCAAAGAGCUCUUUCAGGGACUCAGAGGAGCUCAGGAAGCUGAGAAUAGCUGAAAGGAAGAUUGAAAAUUUAGAGAAGACUCUACAGCUAAAGAGCCAAGAAAAUGAUGAGCUAAGAGAUGCCCAUGAAAAACGCAAGGAAAGGCUACAGAUGUUACAGACCAACUACAGAGCAGUAAAAGAGCAAUUAAAACAGUGGGAAGAAGGCAGUGGCAUGAUUGAAAUCAGAAAAAUUGAAAGAGCAGAGCCUCAACAACUUCGACAAGAAGAUUCUGAUGCCGUGUGGAAUGAACUGGCAUAUUUCAAAAGGGAGAACCAGGAUCUAAUGAUUCAAAAGAUGAAUCUUCAAGAAGAGUUGGAUGAACUUAAAGUACAUAGAUCUGUUGACAAGGCAACAAUACAAGAAUUGAACAGGUAUAUAGCAGAGAAAAGAGAAGAACAACUCUUUAGAUACUGUGAAGAUGAUGGGGUCAAGAAGAGUCCUCCAGAGAAGAAUGGGAAAGAAAUGUCGGAGCAGACAUUACAGAAGGUCAUUGAGUUGGAAAAUCGCCUAAAAUCUUUUGAGAAAAGGUCAAGAAAAUUAAAAGAAGGGAAUAAAAAAUUAAUGAAAGAAAAUGAUUUCCUGAAAACCCACUUAAAACAACAUCAAGAAGAUGCAGAGAGCAGAGAAAGAGAGCUAGAACUGCUCCUGAAGGAGAGUAAAGAUGUAGAAAAAGGCAAAUCUGAACUUCAAGUGAAAAUCAGUGAGCUGGAGAGAGAAGUUGCUGCCCUAAGAAGGCAAGUGGCAGAAGCUGAGACAUUCAGAAAUGAACUUGAAGACGUGGCGGAUCCCGGGGAGAAACUGCAUCACUCAGCCGACAAGGCCAAAUCUGAGAUGGCCACCACAAAAGUCAAGUCUGGACAAUAUGAAUGCAAAACAACUACUACCAAGGUUAAGUUUAAAGCCGCCAAGAAAAAGUGCUCUGUGGGUCGCCACCAUACUGUUCUCAAUCACUCUGUCAAGGUUAUGAGCAAUGUUUUUGAGAACCUUAGCAAGGACGGCUGGGAGGAUGUAAGUGAAAGCAGCAGUGAUUCUGAAACACAGAAUUCUCAAAAUUUGGGAACAAUUAUUGUGGAAACAUCUGAGAAAAUAAGCUCUCUGGAGGAUGACAAAAACCAGAAAGUAAGUGAUCAAAUUAUGGAUGGCCAAAGUCAAGGAAAAGAAGUGGAACAAACAUAUUCCAGUGUAGUCAGCAAAACCCCAAAGGAUAUUCAUCAUUAUAAGAAUACUAAAAGGAAAACUUUUCCAAAUAAGAAUCCGAAUAUGCAAAAAAGUUCACAUUCCAUAGUUCCUACUAGAGUGUACAAAGAAAAGUGCAAGAAUAUACCUAUCCAAAAAUCAAGUAGCACUUCUAUUUUAUUGCGAGAACGGAUUACAUCCUUGCAACGACAAAACAGUGUACUUCAGAAUGCCAGAAAAGCAGCAGAAUUAUCUGCUAAAGCAUACAAAGAAAUCAAUGAGAAGCUCCUCCAUCAGCAGCAAAUAUCUGACCAACGAUUUCAGAUGAGCAGACAGACAAUAAAGAAACUAACUUUGGAUGUGGCUGGCCUUCAAAAAGAAAAAGAAGAUUUACUAAAGAAGUUGGAAUCCUCAUCUGACAUCACAAGUUUGGCAGAAGAGGUUUCCCGGGUCCUGGUUCCACAAAUACAAGUUACAUCCCUUGCUCCUUCAAGAAGCAUGGAUUUGGAAAUGAAGCAGUUGCAGUGUAAAUUGAAGAAUGCAACUAAUGAACUCACCAAACAAUCCUCAAAUGUGAAGUCUCUGAAAUUUGAACUCCUAGCAAAAGAAGAACACAUAAAAGAAAUGCAUGAAAAGAUAUCGCGAAUGGAGAGGGAUAUAGCUAUGAAAAGACAUUUAAUUGAGGACCUGAAAUUUCGACAGAAGUUAAAUUCAGAAAGUAAUGAGAGUUUUAGUGAAAUGUUAGAAAAUCUUGAGAAAAAGGUAAAGACCUUAAGUGAAGAAUGUUCAAACAAGAAGGUAUCAAUUGACUCACUAAAGCAAAGGCUUAAUGUUGCUGUAAAAGAGAGGUCACAGUAUGAGCAGAUGUACCAGAAAACUAAAGAAGAGUUGGAAAAAAAGGAUCUCAAGCUAACUCUCCUAGUAUCUAAAAUUAAUGAAACAGAAUCUGCAAUGGCAGAAAUUGAGACAGCAGCAUCCAAGCAGCUCCAAGGAUUAGCCCUGCAAAGUGAGCAGGUCCUAGAAGGUGCACAGAAGAAACUGACGUUCGCCAAUGAAAAGAUAGAUGAGUUCACCCUGUUUGUGAAGGCUUUGGUCAGAGAGUUACAAAGUGAUGUCAAUGGGAUAAGGCGUCAAAUCAGAGAGCUUAAAAAAAUGCAGAAAACCAGGAAUGCUUGUAAAACCUCAACGCAUAAAGCCCAGACCUUGGCAGCUUCUAUCCUGAACAUUUCACGGUCAGACCUAGAGGAAAUACUGGAUACAGAAGAUGAAGUGGAAAUUGAAAAGGCAAAAAUAGAUGCUGAAAAUGACAAGGAAUGGCUGUUCUAUAUUCAGAAGCUUAUUGAUGGACAGCUUCCUUUUGCCUCAUAUUUACUAGAAGCAGUCCUGGAGAAAAUAAAUGAGGACAAGAAGCUACUUGAAGGAUAUUUCACAAUUAUGAAAGACAUGAGAUGACAUAAUAAUGGAGAAUUUUUUCCCAAGUGUGAGGACUUUACGUGAUGGGAAUGUCAAACACACAUGGCAAUUCAGAUACAGUAUCUACACCAGCUAUCAAUAGUUAGGUUCAAUACCAAAGUAAGAAAUCUCUGAAACUAAUUAAUUGCUGAACAAGUGAAACUAAUUAAGUGCAUGGCCAUUUAAAAGGAAAUAGUCUAGCAUUUGAUUGUUGAAUACAAAUAUUGCCACAAAUCAAUGCAAACUUAAAAAUGAUUUUCCUUCUGAUACACAGAAAAAAAAAAUAGAACAAGCUUCACACACACAAAUUGGCCUGAUUACAAAAUGACAACAACAAUAAAAAAGUUGUAAAUGAAGUAUUUAAUGUUUUAAGUUUAAGAAAAAUAGACUUCAUGUGAAACUAUAAUAACUUGCCUUACAUAUUUGUGAAGAGUGAAACCACAAUUGAAAGGAUGGACAUUAUGUAAA